AUGGGACCUUGUGAGUUCGCGAGACUCGGCGAGAACACGAGAGGACGAAGGUGAUGUUUGUGGCACAACGUGGCGGUGACAAAGACAGAGUCAACAUGGAUUUCAUCGACGAGGACCAGAACAACAGCGCGAUAAAGGAGGAGAACCAGGAGCCAGAUUUCGUCUACCAGGGUCAGGACGUGUUUGGGACGAAGGAGGAGAACGACGACCCGGAUUAUGUCUACGAGGAGCAGCAGCACACAAGCGGGAUGAAAGAGGAGAACCAGGACCCGGAAUUCGACAAACAGGACCACAACACAGACGGAAUUAAGGCGGAGAAAGAGAAUCCGUUCUUCUCCGAACAGGACUAUCACAUAGUUGGAGUGAAGGAGGAGAACCGGGACCCGGAUUUCAACGACCCAGACCAGUACAAGAGCGAAAUGAAGGAGGAGGACCGGGGUCGAGACGUCCGGAGCAACGAGCCCGGCCCUAGCGACCAACAGAAAAAAAGACGCACAAAGAAACCCAAACGCCAUCGCUGUCAGAAGUGUAGGAAAGCCUUCAUAACGCUAGCCCGUCUGAAGAUUCAUCAGAGAGAGCAUACCGGAGAGAAACCAUACGGCUGUGACCUGUGUGGGGCAGCGUUCGCUCAGAAGAGCUGUCUCAAAACCCAUCAGCGAUUUCACAUCGGAGAAAAAACAUUCAGCUGUGACCAGUGUGAUAAAACAUUUACUCAGAGGAGUCACCUAAAAACCCAUCAGCGUGUACAUACUGGAGAAAAACGGUACAGCUGUGACCACUGUGGGAAGCUCUUCUUUUCAUUCAUUAGCUUGCACAAUCACACGCGUGUGCAUGCUGGAGAGAAUCCCUACUGGUGUCAGCAGUGUGGGAAGACUUUCACGUGGAGUAGUGAGCUAGAAAUACAUCAACGAAUUCAUCUGGGGGAAAAACCGUACAUCUGUGAGGAGUGUGGGAAAACCUUCACUAGGAAGAGCAACCUACAGUAUCACCAGCGGUUUCACACUGGAGAUAACCUGUACAGCUGUGAGCAGUGUGGGAAGACGUACACUCAGAUGCAUCAGCUGGAGUCCCAUCAGCGAAGUCACACUGGGGACAGGCCGUACAGCUGUGACCGCUGUGACAAGGCUUUUCUUCAGAAAAGUCAUCUAAAAGCCCACCAGCAAAUUCACACCGGGGAGAAGCCGUACUGCUGCGAGCAGUGUGGGAAAGCUUUCACUCGGGUAAGUCAACUGAAGACCCAUGAAAGACUUCAUAGCGGAGAGAAGCCCUACAGCUGUGACCAGUGCGGGAAAACAUUUGUUUGGAGAAGUUACCUGAAGACCCACCAACAGAUUCAUUCUAAAGAAAAACCGUACAGCUGUGACCAGUGCCAGAAAACCUUUCUGUGGAGAAGUCGUCUAAAAGCCCAUCAGCAGAUUCACACAGGAGAGAAGUCGUACAGGUGUGACCAGUGUGGCAAAGCUUUUGUUUGGAGAAGUGAACUAAAUGCCCAUCAAAGAAUUCAUUCUGGAGAAAAGCCGUACAGCUGUGAGCAAUGUGGGAAGAGUUUUACUCAGAAAAAUCAUCUGAAAUCCCACCAGCGAAUUCACACCGGAGAGAAGCCGUACAGCUGUGGCCAAUGUGGGAAAUCUUUCACUCAGAAUAGUCACUUAAAAACACAUCAGCGACUUCAUACUGAAGGCAAGGUGUAAAUCUGUGACCGCUGUGGUCGAGGAUCGUCUAAAAACCCACCGACACACUUCAGACCUGUGAACAGACCGGCUGUUCUGGUCUAACUUAUCUUAAUUAGUUCUAAACACUGAUGCCAUUUUUUCUGUGCUUAGCUUGGAUCUGCUUUGUCUCAUUGGACUCCAACAUCAGUGUGAGCUAUAAAAUACUGGAGAGCUCUGUACCUGUUGUAGAAAAUCUGUGGUGGAGGUUCAGAGGUUACAUGUGUCACAGAUGCUUUGUGUAACAUUACAAUUCAAGCUAGGAUACAGAUGUGUUUUGUCUCUGUCAGACUUUAAGGAGCACUGAGCUCCGUCAUUAAGGAAGAGUGAAGGACAAUUAGGAUGUGGCGUAUUCUCUCAACCAACGCCCAGAGUUUGAUUUGUGUAUGGAUCUGGAUGAGUGUGGAGCCUGGCAUAGUCCUGUGUUUGAUAAUGUAGAGUUACGGUGUGAUGAAUAUGACCUUUCCUCAGUUUGACUUUGACAUGCAGCUCUGUUCAUGUCCCACUCACAACAGAAUAAAUACAGUACAUUUAAGAAGACGACUGUGACUGAACUUCUGCUUUGGACCUGAGACGUGGGUGAGUACAAAUAGGAGCUGCCCAUCUCCUGUUGUCCUCUGUGUGCCACCUGAUGGGAUCAUUAAAUAGAAUGAGUAAAAGCUCGAC